AUGAGGCGGGCGUGCCAGUUAGAAGGGCGACUCCCAAACGCCCCGAUGCUGCUGCUCCUGUUCCUGCUCUGCGGCCUUUCCACUUCCAUCCGCUUCAGAUCCGCUCCUUCACGAGAGCCGCACAGACACGUCAAUCACAAGCCGGACAACAUCACGCUGGCCAUCAUUCUCCCUAAACACAACACCUCGUACCCGUGGGCGUGGCCGCGUGUCGCGCCGGGCAUGCUGCGUGCCAUCUCGCUGGUCAACGCCGACCCUUCACUCCUGCCCGGGUACAAUCUGCAGUACGUGUUCGAGAACAGCGAGAACGCCGAUGGGAUCUGCUCCGAGUCCAUCGCUCCACUCAUGGCCGUGGACCUGAAGUUCACCCACGAGCCGUGGGCUUUCAUCGGCCCGGGCUGCGACUACACGUCCUCUCCCGUGGGACUGUUCACCACGCACUGGGGUCUCCCCAUGAUCACGGCGGGGGCGCCGGCCGUGGGGUUCGUCCACGCCGCCGUCUACACCUCCAUCACCAACACGGGUCCCACGCACAAGAAGCUUGGCGAGUUCGGCCUCCACGUGUGCCGGCACUUCGGCUGGGGUCAGCACGCCCUGCUGAUGUUCGGCGACAGCAAGAUGAGCGAGCGCGAGUGCUACUUCACCAUCGAGGGGCUUUACAUGGAGCUGCACGAAGCCAACAUCUCCACCGAAGAUCUGGUGUUUGAGGAGGACAGCGGGCCCAUCAACUACUCUGAAAACCUGAACAGGAUCAAAGAGGAGGGCAGAGUGGUGUUUGUAUGCUGCGCUCCAGACAUCUUUCGGCAGCUGAUGGUGCACUUCAGGAAGGCGGAUCUUCCUCAGGAGGAGUUCGUCUUCAUUUACAUCGACGUGUUCGGCCGCACUGUGUCCUCCCAACCUGCCCAGCCCUGGGCCAGGGGGGAUGCUGAUGACCAACUCGCAAAGGAGGCUUUCCAGAACGUGAAGAUCCUGACGUACAGAGAGCCGCAGAAUCCAGAGUACAAAGACUUCGUCGCUGAUCUGAAGGCGGAUGCAAAGAAGAUGUUCAACUUCACGGUGGAGGAUUCUCUGAUGAACAUCAUCUCUGGAGGCUUCUACGAUGGCCUCAUGCUGUACGUUCAUGCACUAAACGAGACCUUGGCGGAAAAUAAAGGAAGGCUGAGUAAGGGUCAAGAGAGCAUCACCAAGAGGAUGUGGAACAGAACGUACUACGGUGUAACAGGACUCGUGCAGAUAGACGAGAAGGGAGACAGAGAGACAGAUUUCGCUUUAUGGGACAUGACUGAUAUCAACACUGGGGUUUUUCAGAUCGUGGCAGUGUAUAACGGCACAAAGAAACAGAUGGAGACACUGCCUGGCAUGGCCUUUCAGUGGCCAGGGGGCAGUGUACCCCCCGAUAUGCCCUUCUGUGGCUUUAAGAACGACAACCCGGCCUGUAUCGCGAAGACUAUUACAGUGCAUCAGAUGGUAACUAUCGUGGUGUUCUUCAUCCUCUUCAUCAUCUUCACCGUCAUGGUCUUUAUAUACAGAAAGCUGAAACUGGAAAAGGAACUGGCCGCUCAGCUCUGGAGGAUCUUCUGGGAGGACCUGCAGAUGAGCAAUCUGGAGAAGGUGCUGCGCAGCGCGGGCAGCAAACUCACCCUGUCACUGCGCGGUUCGAACUACGGCUCGCUCCCGACGGCAGACGGCAACUUUCAGAUGUUCGCUAAGACCGCCUACUUCAAGGGAAACAUCGUGGCUAUCAAAUUCGUCAACAGAAAGCGUAUCGAGCUGACCAGGAAAGUGCUGUUCGAGCUGAAGCACAUGAGGGACGUUCAGAACGAUCAUGUGACCCGCUUCAUUGGGGCGUGCAUCGACCCGCCCAACAUCUGCAUCAUUACGGAGUACUGCCCACGAGGGAGUUUACAGGACAUUCUGGAGAACGAGAGCAUAACACUGGACGGGAUGUUCAAGUAUUCGCUGAUCAACGACAUUGUAAAGGGUAUGACCUUCCUUCAUAACAGUGUGAUCGUCUCCCACGGCAAUCUGAAAUCUACCAACUGUGUGGUGGACAACCGCUUCGUGCUAAAGAUCACCGACUACGGGCUGUCCAGCUUCAGGACCGAAAACGACAACGAGGACGCUCACUCCUACAACGCACGAAAGUUGUGGAUGGCCCCGGAGCUGUUGAGAAUGGGCGGCCCCCCCGCGGCCGGCACACAGAAAGGGGACGUGUACAGCUUCGGCAUCAUCCUGCAGGAGGUGGCUCUGCGCAGAGGGGUCUUCUACAUGGAGGGAGACGCGCUCAGCCCUAAAGAGAUAGUGAACCGCGUGGCCCUGGGCGAAUGGCCGUACCUGCGCCCGGCUGUUAACCCUCAGGCUCACAGCGAGGAGCUGGGGCUGCUGAUGGAGCGCUGCUGGGCUGAGGAACCUUCAGAGAGGCCGGAGUUCAGCCAUAUCAAAGUCCUGCUGCGCAAACAGAACAGGGAGCACAGCCGGGACAUCCUGGACAACCUGCUCUCUCGGAUGGAGCAGUACGCUAACAAUCUGGAGGAGCUGGUGGAGGAAAGGACCCAGGCUUACCUGGAGGAGAAACGCAAGGCCGAAGCGCUUCUUUAUCAGAUACUGCCACACUCAGUAGCAGAGCAGCUGAAGAGAGGAGAGACGGUUCAGGCCGAGGCCUUCGACUCCGUCACCAUCUACUUCAGCGACAUCGUAGGUUUUACCGCGUUAUCCGCUGAGAGCACGCCGAUGCAGGUUGUGACCCUCCUCAACGACCUCUACACUUGUUUUGACGCUAUUAUUGACAACUUUGACGUUUACAAGGUGGAGACGAUUGGCGACGCCUACAUGGUCGUGUCCGGCCUGCCGGUGCGUAAUGGGAAGCAACACGUGUGUGAAAUUGCCCGCAUGUCCCUCGCCCUUCUAGAAGCUGUCAAAACGUUCAAGAUCCGCCACCGACCAGACCAGCAACUGAAACUGCGCAUCGGCAUCCACAGCGGACCUGUAUGUGCUGGUGUUGUGGGGUUAAAGAUGCCUCGAUACUGUUUAUUUGGAGACACGGUGAACACGUCAUCACGCAUGGAGUCGAACGGCAUGCCCCUGAAGAUCCACGUAUCGUCGGCCACGUAUGACGUCCUGCAGGAUUUCAACUGUUUCCAGCUCGAGCUGAGAGGAGACGUGGAGAUGAAGGGCAAAGGCAAAAUGAGGACCUACUGGCUGCUGGGAGAGACCAGGAGCAGCGAGUGAAUUGACUGCAGUCGUGCACCAUCACCACUGCUGCCUGGACUUCUGCGCUCGUUUCUAUACGCGAUGUCGUUAGAGUUGAACUCCGGCGUUUGUACUGAUGGACAAACUGAGCUGAUGGACACUGUGACCACCACUGUUUGAAAUACCUGGGUACCAGGUGGCCAUACACACAUAUGUGUGCUAUAUGAACUAAAGUAUGUUCCCCCCUGCUAACAGAAAAAAAUAUAUCAUAUAAAAUAAAUCACAUGCUUUCCACUUUGUAGCAGAAGUUGACUAUGCUCCUGUGAGACAAAGCCAUAAUCACCAUAU